AAAGACCCGUCCCGCCUCCGUCAGGUCACAGUCUGUGAGGAACACUUGUUGGCAUCAGUGGGACUCUAUACCGGUUCACUUCACGCGGAUACCGGGACUUUUUAUUUUCCGUCAUGCUUCGGGUUUCUUCGCCCGUCUUUGUGUCGCUACUGUUUGUGUUCCAGGCAGUUGUGGUGAAGUCAGUCUGGAUCCCCCCCAGGAAACCACUCCAUGAAAAUAAAGACUACACUCAACAGGAAUAUGUUGCCAAGAUUCAUUCAGAUUUCGACAAAGGCAACGGGAAUAUCCAAUAUUUUCUGGAAGGUCCUGGGGCAGACCAGUACCCCUUCAACGUGUUUGUAGUUGAUCAUGAAACUGGACUAAUUCAGCUCACCCAGAAGCUUGACAGGGAGCAAAUCGACACCUACAAUUUGAAAGGUGUUGCGAAGUACCGCAAUGGUGAAGAAGCAGAAAACAAGGUUGAUAUCAAAUUCAAGGUUGUCGAUGAGAACGACAAUAGUCCAAAGUUUGGUAUCAUCAAGGCGGGGGAGGUGAAUGAGCACAGUCCUGCAGGCACUCCGAUUAUGAAAAUAAGUGCAACUGAUGCUGAUGAACCAGGGACUGUUAAUUCAAAGAUUUUCUACAGCCUCGUUAGUCAGAAUCCACCACAUGAUAUGUUCUACAUUACCAAAGAUGGAAUCCUCCGUGUGAAAAGUUCUGCUCUGGACAGAGAGGAAGCAGAUACGUACACUGUGACGGUAAAAGCUCAGGACUUAGAUGGCGCACGAGGAGGAAACAGUGCAACCAGCACUGUCACUAUCAAUGUCAAAGAUGUGAAUGACAACAUGCCCACACUCACACAAGAGAAGUACGAAGCCAGCAUUGAAGAAAACUCAGAAGGUGUGGAGGUGAUGAGACUCAAGACAGAGGACCGGGAUCUGGAGGGCACAGAAAACUGGGAAUCUGAGUUUAAAAUCUUGAAAGGCAACGAAGCGGGGUACUUCAGAAUCACAACUGACCCUAAAACCAACGAGGGUGUCCUCUGGCUAGACAAGGCUGUGGAUUAUGAAGACGUAAAGGACCUUGAUCUAGGGAUAGCUGUGAGAAACAAGGUCCCACCAUUUGAUGGAUCUGGUACCUCUGGAGGUAGUAUAAGUUUUGGAGGAGGAAACGGAACAGGAUCAGGGUCUGGAUCUGGAUCUGGAUCUGGAUCCGGAUCCGGAUCUGGAUCAGGGUCUGGAUCUGGAUCUGGAUCUGGAUCCGGAUCCGGAUCUGGAUCUGGAUCUGGAUCUGGAUCUGGAGGCUGGUCUUCAGCAUCCUCAUGGCAAAGUGGCAAAUUUAAAACCUAUCCAGUCAAAGUCAACGUCAAGAACAAGCCUGAGGGUCCAGCUUUUAGUCCCAAAGUCAAGGCUAUUCCCAUCUCAGAGGGGGGCACGAGCGUCAACAUUAAUGAUGUCAUUGCACGCUACCCUGCAAUCGACGGAGACACUCGGGAAAUAGCGAAGAACGUCAAGUAUGUAAAAGGCUCAGACCCUGGCAACUGGCUAACCAUCGAUCCAAAGACAGCAGAGAUCAAACUGAACAAGCUUCCCGACAGAGAAUCUCCACUCCUGGUCAAUGGGACAUAUUUUGCUCAAGUGCUGUGCAUUAGUGAAGAAGACCCCAGUAAAACAGCUACCGGCACUGUAGCCAUCCAGGUGGAGGAUUUUAAUGACCAUUGCCCCACCCUGACCAGUAACUUCCAGACGAUGUGUACCAGUGCGGAUCAUGUUAUUGUCAAUGCUAAAGAUGAGGACGGAUAUCCUAAUGGAGCUCCUUUUGAAUUCAACAUUAUCCCAGAAGGCACUGAGGGGAAAUGGCAGGUGGAGCGUCUAAAUGACACCGCAGCUAUCCUGAGGGCUCAGGAAAAAGUUUGGCCUGGUUUAUACAAGGUGGAAUUUGAUGUGAAAGAUGCGCAGGGAGAGGCCUGUUCAGAACCACAGAAAGUGGAGAUCCAAGUGUGUACCUGUGAGGAUGGAUUGGUGUGUGGAAAACGAGGGGCCCAAGGUCAACUCUCCAAAGAAUCAGUGUUAGGACCUGCAGGCAUUGGACUGCUUUGCCUGGGCUUGCUGAUGUUACUACUCAUUCCUCUGUUGCUGCUCUUCUGUCACUGUGGGAGUGCUGCCGGUAUGCCAGGGGCCUUCACUGAGAUGCCUUUUGACACCAAAUCAAACCUCAUCAACUACCACACUGAGGGACAGGGAGAGAACACGGAAGUGCCACUUAUGAACAUGCCAACAGUGGAUGGAGGAGAGAUGAUAAAAAUUAGUAACAAAUCUUUUGCAAUGGCGCCCAUGGCAAGUAUGGGUUUCCAGCAGUCCGUUGCCUCUAUGGAUGGGAUGAACAUGGGUGUCUAUGACGACGGAUAUUUAAGAGAUAGGUCGUGGGGGACGAUGAACGAGCAACGUGGCAGUGCCUACUAUUCUGAGUUGCAGGGCAGAGGAUCAGCAGCAGGGGGGGGACUUUUUGAUGGCAUGGCUCUGCCGGACCACAUUCUUGCACAAUACUACACUCAGAAACUUGCCAGUGGAAACAACAAUGGAGCGGAGGACAAUCUUUUGGUCUCUAACUUCGAGGGCAAUGGCUCCCCUGCUGGCUCAGUUGGCUGCUGCAGUGACCUGGAGUCUGACAAUGACCUACAGUUUCUUGAUGACCUCGGGCCAAAAUUCAAGACCCUGGCUGAGGCAUGCGGAAGCAAGAAGAUCCAAACUGAAGUCAAAAAAGUGAGGGCUCCCGCUCAGAGUUCCGUGUCAAGGGUUAUGACCCAACAGUUGCCCCCUCCACCCCAGGUGCAGCCGACCAUCCCGCAAGCAGAGCGCACUGUGGUCAGGGAAACCGUGAAGGAAAGCACAGUGAGAGAAGGGAUGACCAGAGUGAAUGAAGGGAUGACCAGAGUGAACGAAGGGAUGGCAAAUCAAGGUCAGAUGUUCAUGCUACAGCAGCAACAGCCUGUCUACUACACCACCACCCCUAUGAUUCAGCCGAUGCAUUACGUAGUCCAGCCACAGGUUCAGAAUACUGUACUUCUGGCAGAGGCACCAUCCACCAACCUGCAAGGCAUGGUCCUGGUUAAUGGAACCCAGACUCUACCUUCCCAAGGCAUGAUGGUCCAGGGGCAGACCAUGUCCACUGCACAAGCCCAGGGCCCAGGAAUGAUGCUGGUAGGAGGGAGUGGAGUCCACACUGGCAUCCCCUCUGGCGCCCAGACCAUGAUGGUCGUGGAAGGCAGAGUCCCUGCAGGGUCAAUGAAAAUAUUGAAGGGGAGCCAGCCUAGCCUAGUGCAGGCAGGAGGGCUUUCAGGAUAUCAGAGAGUCCUGGAUGGCAAUGUCCCUGCAACAUCUGUGAAAGUGCUAAAGGGAAGCCAGACAAGCCUUGUGCAGGGGGGAACUCUACUGCAAGGAGGGCUUUCAGGAUCUCAGAGAGUCAUGGUGGUUGGAGGGCCAACAAGCAGCCAAGGGCAACUGAUCCAGGAAGCAGGAGGUCUGUCCCAGAUGAAGGGCUUCUCUGGUUCUCAAGGAGUCCUCUUUAGCAAGGGUGGCUCAGCUGGUGGCUCUAAAAGCAGCGUAGUGAGUUCAUCUACCACAACAGUAAUGGGAACCCCCACCUACAGCAAGACGGUGGUGAAGGAGAAAUUCACAGAAUUGUGAUAAAACUCUUUUUUUCAUGCAGUUCAAACUUUUGGCAAGACUUUCUCAAGUAUUUCUAUGAGACAUGUGUGCAUGUACCAUUCAUGGUGGAGGGUGUGCUAUAGCAGUUUGACUAGGAAUUAUACUUUAUGUAUCUGCAUGUUCACCUAUCUAUCUCUAUGUUAGUGCACUAAAGCCCCAUUUCCACCAAGCAGUCAGGUUUGGUUCAGUGUACUUUGGUACAGUAGACCCUUAUCUUGCUUGCAUUUCAACAGCCAACCGUACCUUUACUUGGUAAGCGGAGUGUAAGCCUGACAGUAGUAGCGGCGUCAGCUACAUAAUAGCCUGACAUGAUAGUGUGACAGUGAAGCCCGACAAUGAAUUAAACACCUCUAAGGUCAUCCAUGGGGCAGUGUUACAUGCUGACAUUAUUCACAAAAGCACAGCCUCGAAGUUACUCUCUCGAAAUCCACGUGAUAUUUAAACAUGUUAAGAUCUGUUUGAGAUCUGUUUGUCAUUUAUUACCACUGCACACAGAAAUGGACAAUUCUUUCAACCAAUCAAUGGACUGGAGUGUCUAGCUCCAUCCAAUAGUUCACUUGACUACCCAACAGAAGGGAAGCAAAAAAGUAGGAUUGGUUAUUUUAGUACCGUUCCCAACUUUUGACAGCGGAAACACCAAAAAAUGAAUACAGAACUGAACUGAAGUGGACUGCUUGGUGGAAACGAGGAUUACCUUACUUGUUUUCUUUCUCCCUAAAACGCACUGAUUGUUCUUUUAUUUGGUUUUAUUGCAAAAGUAUUUCUGUAAAAAAAAUAUUUUUUUUGUAAAUAUGGCAUGCAUCAUACAUAGACAGGAGCUGAUUUGAUCAAGAUAUUUGUAUUUUAAAUAGUUUGAAAUCUUUGUCUGAGAGAAGUUGGGAGUGUGUCAUUGGUUUAAAAAGGACCAGAAUGAAAAGUUCCAAUUAAACUAAUGUUAAGCCAACUUCCCUUCAGCAAAAUCUUGCGUCUUGAUCCAGUUUUAAGUUGAAUAAGCAGAGACGUAUUUAUCCUUAGUUUGACAUUUUGCAGGGGCCACUAAAAUGACCAUUGAUUGAAGUCUGAUGCCUUGACAAACACUCUCAACCAGUGGUUGCAUGUGGCUAUUGUUCUUGUUUUCUUGUAUAUUUUGAUUCAUGUUUGUUAAGUAUUGUUUUGCCUGCCAUGCCUGUAGGGUUUGCAUUGUCAGUGAGUGGGUCCACACCUCCAGGCUGCCUUGUCUCAACAUCUGUUAUAUGGAUUGUCAUGUUGUAAGCAUUGCUGAGAGAUUACUCUGAACCCCCCGCUCUGACACCAACAUUAGGUCAGAAUUUUAAUUGUCCAAUACUUGGAUUUAUGGUCAAAUACUCUAAUUGUGUGAAAUCCCAGACAGCCUUGUUUAUGAGGAGGGUACAGUUAACCUUGUACAACGUGCUUCCUUUCUUGUCCACUUCGCAAGCUGUGGCAACUUGCAAUGAUUCUGUCACACUUAAAGCACCUUUAGGCUGAAAAGGAGGGGAGUGGGGGUUACUCUCUACAAGAGCUUUGAAUUAAAAUAAAAUCAAACGUCACGUGCACUUGGUUUCUUAUGACCCAGGAUGAUUUAAACAUGCUUGACCUUCAACAGAGCUAGUUAGGGUCAUGGUGUUGUACAUGAGUGUGUUUCAACUAAAUGAAAAACUUCAAAUGGCAAAUGAUGCAUCAACAACGAUUAGUACUUUAUUUCACCCCGCUUUUGAAAUACUGUAAAUAGUUUUCAAUGCUUAAAACGCACGCAUACCUUGUUGCUAUGCAGAGCGAUGUUUAUGUGCUUGAAUACAUUUUGACUUCAUGUCCACCUCAGGGAUAUCAUAACAUGUCAAGGAUUUUUUUCACUAUGUCAAGCUUGCUUACUUUAAUAAAACCUUUUGUACAGAACACAUCAACAA